AUGGGUUCCAACCUGCCUGCUCAGCCAAAUCUUCGGGUCACAAUUAUCGCCGCGGACGGUCUAUACAAGCGUGAUGUCUUUCGAUUCCCCGAUCCUUUUGCGGUGGCCACCGUGGGGGGCGAGCAAACCCACACGACGUCGGUAAUCAAGAAGACGCUGAACCCUUACUGGAAUGAGAUGUUUGAUCUCCGGGUCAAUGAGGACAGCAUUCUCGCAAUUCAGAUCUUCGACCAGAAGAAGUUCAAGAAGAAGGAUCAGGGAUUCCUUGGUGUUAUCAAUGUACGGAUUGGCGACGUGAUCGAUUUACAGAUGGGUGGUGAUGAAAUGCUCACCCGCGACCUAAAGAAAUCCAACGACAAUCUGGUCGUUCAUGGAAAGCUUAUCAUCAAUCUGUCCACCAACCUCACCACCCCCAUUCCUAACCAGGCUAAUGGCUUGCAUCGUUCACAUGCUCAGCCAUCGACAUCCAGUGGACUUGUCCCGCAAGUAUCGUCACCGCACCCUCCUGUCGGUCCCGGCCCGGUCGAUUCGUCCGCCGCCGCUUCUACUGCGUCUUUGAACCCUCAGCGUGUUCCCUCGACCACCCGACCGACCAGCAUCAUUGCUCCGCCGCCCAAUGGCGCCCCGGCUGCACCAGCCAAUGGUCAGCAAGGCUCUCGCACCAACCUGAGCUCGUUUGAAGACAGUCAGGGCCGGUUGCCAGCUGGCUGGGAGCGCCGAGAAGACAAUCUGGGGCGGACCUAUUACGUUGACCACAACACACGGACGACGACUUGGACUCGACCAUCAUCGAACUACAACGAACACACGCAGCGUACGCAGCGCGAAGCCAACAUGCAACUGGAGCGUCGCGCCCAUCAGAGUCGAAUGCUGCCCGAAGACCGCACGGGUGCCAAUUCUCCGAAUCUGGCUGAGAGCCAACAGCAGCCGGCGCCGCCGCAGGCUCAAACACCUCCGGCAGGAGGCAGCGCCAGUGCAGUUUCUAUGAUGGCGACGGGAGCUACCACUGCAGGCACUGGUGAGCUCCCACCCGGAUGGGAGCAGCGCAAUACACCGGAGGGCCGGCCAUACUUCGUGGACCAUAACACCCGCACUACGACUUGGGUAGAUCCUCGGCGUCAACAGUAUAUUCGCAUGUACGGGCAGAAUUCCAACGGCACCAAUACCACGAUUCAGCAGCAGCCGGUGUCGCAGUUGGGUCCGCUGCCCAGCGGAUGGGAGAUGCGAUUGACGAAUACAGCCCGAGUGUACUUCGUGGAUCACAACACCAAGACGACCACGUGGGAUGACCCCCGUUUGCCUUCCUCUCUGGAUCAGGGCGUACCGCAGUACAAGCGUGACUUUAGACGCAAGCUGAUCUACUUCCGGUCUCAACCGGCAUUGCGUAUCAUGUCUGGACAGUGCCAUGUCAAGGUCCGACGUAACAACAUCUUCGAGGACUCAUACGCCGAGAUCAUGCGGCAGAGCGCUUCCGAUCUCAAGAAGCGCUUGAUGAUCAAGUUCGAUGGUGAAGAUGGUUUGGAUUAUGGUGGUCUCUCACGUGAAUUCUUCUUCCUUCUUUCUCACGAAAUGUUUAACCCGUUCUAUUGUCUUUUCGAGUAUUCGGCGCACGAUAAUUAUACCCUUCAAAUUAAUCCUCACUCUGGAGUGAACCCGGAGCACCUGAACUACUUCAAGUUCAUCGGACGAGUUGUCGGCUUGGCCAUCUUCCAUCGUCGAUUUUUGGAUUCCUUCUUCAUUGGGGCCUUCUAUAAGAUGAUGCUGCGAAAGAAGGUUUCGCUCCAGGACAUGGAGGGUGUUGAUGAGGACCUGCACCGCAACUUGACAUGGACUCUAGAGAACGACAUCGACGGUGUUUUGGAGUUGACGUUCGCGGUUGAUGACGAGAAGUUCGGCGAGCGUACCACUGUUGACCUGAAGCCGGGCGGUCGCGACAUUCCGGUGACGAACGAGAACAAGCAUGAAUAUGUUGAAUUGGUGACGGAGUGGAAGAUUGUGAAGCGGGUGGAGGAGCAGUUCAAUGCCUUCAUGUCUGGGUUCAACGAGCUGAUUCCGGCCGAUCUGGUCAACGUGUUUGACGAGCGCGAGUUGGAAUUGUUGAUUGGUGGUAUUGCGGAUAUUGAUGUUGACGACUGGAAGAAACACACCGAUUACCGCGGCUACCAGGAGCAGGACGAAGUCAUCCAGAAUUUCUGGAAGAUUGUGCGCACCUGGGAUGCCGAACAAAAGUCUCGUCUCCUGCAGUUCACCACUGGUACCUCGCGUAUUCCGGUCAACGGAUUCAAAGAUCUGCAAGGCUCGGACGGGCCUCGCCGGUUCACUAUCGAGAAAUCGGGCGAUCCCAACGCAUUGCCCAAGUCGCACACUUGCUUCAACCGUCUGGAUCUACCUCCGUACAAGACACACGAAGCUCUGGAACACAAGAUGUCCAUUGCUGUGGAGGAGACAUUGGGUUUCGGACAAGAGUAG